AUGAGAAUCCCCCCUGCCAGGCCGCCCGGCCCCGCCAUCGCCCUCAACCUCCUGUGCUUUCUGCUCCGCCUGGCGCCCCGCGCGUCCCCUCAGUGCCCCCCCCCGGCGCGGCGGCCCCCGAGGGCGUCCCCGGCGUCACCGAUCCUCCCGACUUCGACGGCCCCGACCCGAGUGGCCGCCACCCCCCGCUCCUUCGCCGCCCUGCCCGGCGCACGUGCUGGGGCGGCCGAGGUUCCCCGUACCCCCGGUGCCUCUCCCGGCCGGUUCACCGUGCUGUCCCUGCGGCCGCAGCCCCACCGCCACCCCCGCGGCCGGAGUGGCCGUGCGGCCGCGCCCGUGGCUUUGGGCCCGACGGUGCCCGCCCUGCCCGGCUUGCUGAGGCGCAUGAGGGACGCUCUGGAAGCCACCUCAGUGCCGCCAUCAAGGUGGUGCGGGGCCGUGGGGACGCGGCGGCCGCGGUGUUUGAGCUUGGAGGUGGAACAAAGCGUGACGGCGCGCUACGGCCACGCUGGCAGAAUGACCAAAGACCCCCCGCUCGGGGUUGGCGCCUCCUCCUCCCCCCCCGCCUUCCCCUCAGCCCCGCGCCCCCCUCUGUCCCCCACGCCCUGUGGAGAGCCCAGAGCGCUUCGGAUCGCGGCCCGGGCGCUGCUGGAGGAUUUCGGGGUGAAGCUGGAGGUGCUCCCCCGACGGCUCUCGGCGCUGGCACGGCUGUGCCAAGGACACCCGCGCUGCUUUGGCACCGGCGGGGCAACCCCCCGGGCCUCUGGCCGGGCGCUGGACGCCGCCGGUGCCUGCGGGCGCUCCGUGCCACCGCCCCCAUGUCCGGCACAGCUGGGGCUUCUGGGUCCGCCACUGGCUGGAGGGUGGCACCUUCUGGGCGCCGUGGCGCCUCGGGGACAUCAUCCCCCGGGACACGACGUGACGUGGGGUGUACCGGGGACGUGCCCAAGGCCGCUGGUUGGCAAGGUGGUGGCAUCGGGGGGCCCGUGGAGGAUCCCGAGGGGGUUUCCCGUGGGAGAAGGCGGCCGAGGGGGAAUUUUUCCGGUGCUUUCAAACCGGCCAACCGGCUGCACGGGACCUGUGGCCGUUCUUUGCCCGGCCCGGCACGGGCACCAUGACCAAGGACACGUGGUGGGGCCCCCGGCAGGCGUGGAGUUCCCCAGCGCUUUCCUGGUGCCCCUGGGCAUGCCCUUCGCCGGGGGUGUUGGCAUCGGCCCCAAAAGAGCCCCGCGCCUUCCUGGAGUCAAAUUCGGGCCCGGCGCCAUCGAGAACCCCGAGUACCCCAACCCCGAGCUAAAGGGGGGUUGGCAAGGCGUGGGCAAUAAAACUGGCGGUGACAACUGA